AUGCCUCUACACCUGCUGCCGAAGAAGUCAUGGCACGUCUACAACCAGGACAACGUUGAGCGCGUGCGCCGUGACGAGGCCAACGCCAAGGCGGCCGAGGAGGCCGAGGAGCAGCGCAUGCAGGAAGUCGAUGCGGCACGACGACUGGCGAUUCUACGCGGCGAAGCACCACCCCCGAUCGAAGACGAGGACGAAGCUGUCGCCACCGAGGCCAGCGGGAGCAGACAGCCGCACGCUCUCGGCACGGGCAGGCGGCCGCGGAAACGACUGGGCGAAGACGACACCGACUUCGAGCUUCGCAUCGCCAAGGAGCGCGGAGAGACCGUCAGCCGAGCUGCGGCGGAAGCGCGGCGCACCACGAGCUCGGCGCCGAUUGUCGACCGCCGGGGCCACAUCAACCUGUUUGGCGAGCACGACAAGCAACGCACCCACGCCGAGAAGAACGACGACGCUGAGAAGGAAACGGCCAACACGAAACGCUCGUACGAGGACCAGUACACGAUGCGUUUCUCCAACGCUGGCGGCCAUCAAACGGGACUAGACGCGCCGUGGUACUCGACGGCGGCUGACGGGCAGGCGGCGCCGGUUGUGAUGAAGAAUGUCUGGGGCCGAGACGACCCGCACCGGAAGGAGCGCGACGAGAAACACAUCGCGUCGAGCGAUCCGCUGGCCAUGAUGAAGCACGGCGCCGCCAAGGUGCGCGAGCUCAAGCGGGAGCGCAGCAGGUUCCAGGAGGAGCGCGCGCGCGAGCUGCGGCAGAUGAAGCGAGAAGAUGAGCGCCACGGGCGUCGGCACCGUUCGAGGAGGCAUCAGUCGCGGUCCCCGAGAUCCGAGGAGAGGCGGAGGUCGGACGACGGCAGAAGCUUCCGCAGGAGGGAAGACGAGGAGCGCUCGAGGCAUGGUCACCGCGAUCGUGACCGGAGUAGGGAAAGGAGCCGUGGGGAGAGACGGCAUCGACAUAGAUCGCAUUCACGAGAGCCGGAUAUGCGUCGCCGCCAUGAUGAGAAACGACACAAAUGA